UGCCUCUGUCCCCCAACAGUGCGCUCAAACUGUGAAAAAGUGUUGCGGCGUGAAGAGCAGCGUUGCUCUGGUGCUAGACCAGUGCUGCUUUUGCUUUUCUUUUUCCUGCAUCAGCUCAUAAAUAGCUUUUAUAGAUUUUUAUAGUCAUAUGUGUUUUUUCCUUUUUCUUUCUUGAAUGCAACUUACAGAUCAGAGGAGUUUUUUCAGUAUGCUGCGUGUAGAAGUAGAAAAGUGGGUAAUGACAUGGAAAAGGCUUCAUUUUUCAAGAGGACGUGACUUGCAUCUGUGAAGAGGAGAGGAAAAAUCUGGAGGAAUGACAGCGUGGGAAAAAGGUGCCACUUCAAGGGGGACAGAGAACACCCAAGAGGAGAGGAUGCAAAGAAGAUGGAGAAUGCAGGAGGAGAGCCUAUACAGGAUAGGAGGAGGAGCGGGAGGUGGCGGGGGGUGGAGGGACACAGAAUGGCGUGAGGACAUAGGCCAGUGGUUGGUUUGAUUGGAGCCACGUGUGCGUCCAGCAACGUCUCUCCGUCGUUUCAUGGAUGUCGACGAGACGCUGGCUUCCCAUGCUACCCGGUCCCUUCUUCUCUUGGCCCAGGUAGGUGAAUGGCAGUGAAGCAGAAAACCACUUGAGUCCAAAAGAGUGGACAUAAAGGAGAAAGAACGUAGGAUUUAUAGGCGAUGUCAUCGCCGAGCUGUAUGAGUUUAAAACGAUGGUUCAACCUAAAGAAUAUGCUUUACGUGGACAACACGGGGCAGCCAUGAUCGCUACACCUUAUCCAUCUCUGUCCUCCGCCAUGAUGUUGACUGCAAGCUGAUAGUAUGUGAAACAAUGCGGCCCAAUAAUCUGCUUCACCCACAAUAAACGCAAGUCGGACUAUUCAGUCAACGUUGUGAAAAUGGCAGCUGAAGGAUUCCAGCCCUGGACAGAAGAGGAUCUCAAACCAGGAGAUCUACCAACAUCACUGCUAGCAUCACUUCACCUUGGUAACGAGGAAAUGGUCAUGGAUGAGAACGCUGCAAACACAGAGGAUAAUCCUGAGUCUAGUCCCGAGAUGAUGUCAUCAUCUCUUAACAAAUCACAGCAGCAGCAUCCUCCUGCUCCACCAGCACACCAAGAGUUCCUGGAAACUGAAAAGAGCCAAAACGACAGCGAGGUGCAGUCUCACACCAGGACACCGAUCUCAAAGGGGAUCUCCUCCCAUGUUGAUCAGGAUAAUGUGCAUCCCAGCCUGAGAAGACGCAUCAGCAAAGAAGGAGAUACUCAACUGGAGGGGAACGCAUCCAAAGCUAUGGCAGCCUUUGGCAGUAGUGCUGACUAUCAGCUGGUGGAAGCAGAGUGGUACUGGGCCAACAUCUCAAGAGAGGAAGUGAAUGAGAUCAUGAGAAACAUGCCUGAUGGCACGUUUCUGGUCAGAGAUGCUUCCAGCAGGACUAAUGGGGAAUACACUCUGACACUUCGUAAAGAUGGCUACAACAGGCUAAUUAAAAUCUUCCAUUAUGGAGGAAAGUGCGGCUUUUCAGAGCCACUGACCUUCCCCUCUGUGGUGGACCUGAUCCAGUUUUACCAGAAGAGAUCACUGGCCCAGUACAACUCUAAACUGGACACACGGCUACUCUACCCAGUAUCCAGAUACCGGCAGCAAGCUGGGAUGGAAGUGGACAUUGAUGCAGUUGGAGAACAGCUGAGGAUAUUUCAAGAUCAAUAUAAGGAAAAGAGCCAAGAGUAUGAUCGCCUGUUUGAGGAGCUGAACCAAACCUCCCAGGAACUCCAAAGCAAGCGAACUGCUAUUGAGGCUUUUAGUGAAAUCAUUCGAAUCUUUGAAGAGGAGUGUGAAACUCAAGAGCGCUACAGCAAGGAAUACAUAGACAUGUUCCUGACAUUAGACAGCGGCACAAAAACAGACAAGAUUCAAAGCAACUCCGAUGAACUGCAGUCGACGGUGGAAGAGAUCCACCACAGCAAGAAGGUGUUGGAGGAAGAGCUAAAGUCAAAGGCACUGGCUCACAUGGAGGUGGACAUGAAAAUGAACAGCCUGAAGCCUGACCUGGUGCAGCUCAGGAAGAUCAGAGAUCAGUACCUUCUAUGGCUGACCCAGCAAGGCACGAGGCAGAGCCAGAUUAAAGACUGGCUGGGUAUCAGGGAUGAUGAGGAAGACCCGUACACCCUGGAAGACGACACACACCAGGAGGAGAGGACCUGGUAUGUUGGUGGUAUGAGACGAAAAGAGGCAGAGGAGCUGCUGAAAGGACGGAGGGAUGGGACAUUCCUCAUCAGAGACAGCCAGACACAGAGAGGGUCAUUUGCCUGCUCUGUUGUGGUGGACGGGGACGUGAAACACUGUGUGAUCUACAGGACAUCCACAGGGUACGGCUUCGCUGAGCCCUACAACCUGUACUCGUCGCUCAGGGAGCUCGUCCUCCACUACCGCCACACGUCGCUGAUCCAGCACAACCAGCAGCUGAAUGUAACCCUGGCCUGGCCUGCUCUCAGCCAGCAGUCCAGCUGAGACAUACCAGCACACCACACGGAUUCCCAAAGUCUCCCAGCAUUAGCACAGAGUACACACCCACAUGAACACAGUUAUCAGGCCGAAACAGAGUUCUGGUUAGUAUUUUAGUACAAAUCUCUGCAUCUAUUUCCACAUUAUGAGGUUCUCACAGCAAAUAUGAGAUUCACUGAGCAGCAGCGGUGGUCAUUCAGCUGAUUUACUGCUUUUAGGGAUGCUUUGAGACUACAUCAUCAUGCUAACUUUAAAUAUUGAUGCUCUUUGUUUAAAAAAAAGGCUUAAAAAUGACUUCCUAUGAAACAUAUCAAACAAAUCCUGGAUUUUACAAAACAAUGCUUUUCUGGCUGAGGAGGGCUGAUUUAUCCAUAUUCAGCACAAAGUCUAUUUUUCUCCCCCUAGAAAGGCAAGCACAAGAAAUUACCUUUAAGAAACCAGAAACUAAUCCUAGAUUCAGUCACUAAACUCCACCACACCACAUCUAAUAUCUACAAGAACUAUUGUAACACAUGUAGGUGUAAACAAUAACAAAGCAUCAUGUUAGAGUAAGAAUCACGUGUAAAUAAUCAGGGUGGUCGUUGUGUUAAAGGUGCUUUAAGGGAAAAUAAGCUCAGGAAGGGCCUCUGCACUGUUCUGGAUGUGUGUGUUAUGGGUACUGCAGGGACUGAUGAUACACUCGAGCACUUUAUCCAGAACAACAUGAAAACUUUGGAUUGGGUUCUCACAGCCAAGUCAUUUUUAAACCCUGCUCUUGAUUUGCUUUUAAGCCUAAAUACCACGUUUUUCCUCUACUAGUUAUUUCACAAGACAUAAUAGAAAAAGGAACAAAGACGGUAGAUGUGCCCCAACAGCAAGUAUUCUGAGUUAGAAUGAGUCAUGAAUCAGAUUUAGGUUCAUUUAAUUCAUUUUAUUUGGAGGAUUUUUUAGUUGAAAGUAGUGAAAUAAAUCUCUACUUUCAUGUGGCCUCGCCGCUGGUUUCCAGGUCUGUGUGGAAAUUCCUGAAUGGUGCCUUUAAGAGUUUUUUCAUGCUAUCAAAUAUUUUCUGACAGAUCAAAAGGCUCCGAUAAACUCUGCAGGUUUUGCUCACGUGGAUAGACCAUCAUCACCAUCUACCCAAACCUUGGUGAUGAAUUCUAGGGUUUUUGUAAGAAUGAGCCGAAUGAAUCACGACACGAGCGCCACGCUGCAUUCUAGAUAAAUAAGAGGAAUUAUAGCUACUGGACAACAACUAGCAGCAUCAACUAGUGCUGCAUAACCACACGUUCACACAUCUACCCAGAAUUGAAUUAUGUAGCGAUAAAACAACUCUGUCACGCUGUUUACAUCCGGACAUGUUUGUGUGUAAAUAGCUGAAUCUGGAAGUGCAGAGAGGCAUGCUCCCAUCACUGGUUUAUUAUAUCAUUUAAUUAAAAAAUAUAUAAUUAGGUCAUUUUAUAUGACUUCGUUUUGUGUUUUGCAUCUAAAAUCCUAGUAACUCAGUGUUACUUCAAAGAGCUUUAAACUAAUUCCUACCUCGGUGUGAGGUAACCCAAAAGCUGGUGGAACACUGUGUCGGUACAUUUAUGACGUUUUGUUUUCCUUUUGUGGAGUGGUUUACAUUUCAGACCUGCUCUGGGUCACUGACAGGUUUGCAGCCCAGGGACUUUUGAUUGUGCAGUUUGAGCGUGGAGACGGCGUGCUGCUUGUGGAUUAUAGUGACUCGUCAAAACUUUAAUCGGGGGGUGGGACGACAAUAACCACGAGAGCUCCCAAUUCGUCUCGUGCAUUACUUAGGUUGAAAUGAGUGUUUGUGCUAAUAGUAAGAAAUGAUUUUCUGUACUUUAGUGGGUACAUUUUAAAGCACUUCAAUCAGAACAGUCAAUAUGUGCGUGAUUGUCAUUGCACACGUUCACUCUGUGUUGUCUUUCGUUAGGUUGUUUGGGCCAUGAGGAGAGUUAGGCAGAUUCCAGCUUUUUAUGUAGUUUUUUUUUUUUUUUUGCCGUGAAAAGAUGUAGAAGUUGCAUGUUGUGUAAAAGCUUUUCUAGUUAGAAGUCUUGCUAGGCUGGGUACUGUUUAGAUAUUAGUUUUACUUAAUUGCAUCACCAGCUGUAUGUUUUCUACUUCCACAUUCUGUAGAAUUCUGGGGUUCUCUUCUCAUUUUUCGCCCCAUCGCUGUGAUUUGUGCUCGUUUGCUGUCGUUUUUUUCCCGAUUGCA